AUGUCUGCAGAUGUUUCUACACUAUUGAAGCAACCCAGUCACCUCACUCCCCCUUCAACUCCGCCCUCAAAGCCGACACCUUUCCUAAGAAGACAGACACAAGCCUCUGGGGUCGGCGCCUCGCUGGCGCGCCCAGAGCCAGCUCGUCAGUCCUCAGCCCCCGCCCUGGUCCGCAGACUCCGCAGGCGGCCUUCGGGCGCUCCUCCGCGCGCGUGCUCCCUGGCCCGCAGGCGUCCUCGCCCGGAGACCCAAGCCCAGCACUCGGCGUGCGCGCCCUCCGCGGCGAGCAGGGGCGGCGGCAGAGGGGGCGGAAGGCCGGCGCGCCCUGUCGGCCCCUUCGGCCCCUCCUGCCGCGCGCUCCAGGAUCGCGCCGCCGGGAAACGGCAGCUCAGCCCGCAGCCGCUUCCUCAGUUCAAAACCGCCUCCCGACGCGCUCUGCGGCCCGCCGCCAGCCCCGACCGUGAGGCCGCGGCGGACGCCAUUUUGACUGAGGGCAAGACCCAGCCCCGACGCUUGCGGCCACAUCGCUUCUCGCGGGGCGCCGCUCCGCCUGCUCGCGGUCCCCCGAAAUUUAGUAGCUUUGUUGCCCGGACCAACACAUGUGGAGAGUUACGUUCUUCUCACUUAGGCAAAGAAGUCACCUUGUAUGGAUGGAUUCAGUACCGAAGGCAGAACAUGUUCCUAGUCCUAAGAGACUUCCACGGGCUUGUUCAAGUUGUCAUCCCCCAGGAUGAGUCAGCUGCCUCUGUGAAGAAGAUUCUGUGUGAAGCCCCUGUGGAGUCUGUGGUGCGAGUAUCUGGGACAGUCAUUUCCCGACCUCUGGGACAAGAGAAUCCAAAAAUGCCAACAGGUGAGAUUGAAGUCAGAGUUAAAACAGCUGAACUUCUGAAUUCCUGCAAGAAGCUGCCCUUUGAAAUUAAGGACUUUGUGAAGAAAACAGAAGCUCUCCGUCUGCAGUAUCGCUACUUGGACUUGCGUAGUUUCCAAAUGCAGUAUAACCUGCGACUGCGGUCCCAGAUGGUCAUGAGAAUGCGGGAGUAUCUCUGUAACAUGCAUGGGUUUGUGGAUAUAGAAACCCCAACAUUGUUUAAGAGGACCCCAGGGGGUGCCAAAGAAUUUUUAGUACCAACUAGGGAUCCUGGAAAGUUUUAUUCUCUCCCUCAGAGUCCUCAACAAUUUAAGCAGCUUCUGAUGGUUGGUGGUUUAGACAGGUAUUUUCAGGUUGCCCGGUGUUAUCGAGAUGAAGGCUCAAGACCAGACAGACAGCCUGAGUUUACUCAGGUUGACAUAGAGAUGUCUUUUGUAGACCAGGCUGGAGUCCAAAGUUUAAUUGAGGGUUUGCUACAGUAUUCCUGGCCUGAUGACAAAGAUCCUUUAGUGAUUCCUUUUCCUUCUAUGACUUUUGCUGAGGCAUUGGCCACCUAUGGAACCGACAAACCUGACACUCGCUUUGGAAUGAAGAUUAUAGAUAUCAGUGAUGCAUUUAGAAACACACAGAUUGAAUUUCUUCAAGGUGCUCUUAGUAAGCCCCAAGGAACCAUCAAAGCCAUAUGUAUCUCUGAAGGAGCAAAAUACCUAAAAAGGAAAGACAUUGAGUCCAUCAGAAAAUCUGCAGCUGACAAUUUUAAUCAGGAAGUUUUGCCUAUAUUCCUGAAAACCAAUAGAAACUGGAAUUCCCCAGUUGCUAACCUUAUAACAGAGGAGCAAAGAUUGGAAUUGAUCAGAUUAAUGGAGGUCCAAGAAGAAGAUGUGGUCCUACUAACUGCUGGAGAACACAAGAAGGCAUGCUCUUUGUUAGGAAAAUUACGCCUGGAAUUUGCUGACCUUCUAGAAGCAAGAGGAGUGGUGCUCCGUAACCCAGCUCUGUUCUCUUUCCUUUGGGUGGUGGAUUUCCCACUUUUCCUGUCCAAGGAGGAAAAUCCCAGAGAGCUAGAGUCUGCCCACCACCCAUUUACUGCUCCCCACCCCAGUGACAUUCACCUCCUCUACAGUGAGCCUGAAAAGGCCCGUAGCCAACACUAUGACUUAGUUUUAAAUGGCAGUGAGAUAGGAGGCGGCUCUAUCCGAAUUCAUGAUGCAGAGCUACAGCACUACAUCCUGGCCACGUUACUACAGGAAGAUGUGAAAUUGCUCUCCCAUCUGCUCCAGGCUUUAGAUUAUGGGGCGCCCCCUCAUGGAGGAAUUGCUUUAGGGUUAGACAGACUGAUGUGCCUUGUCAUUGGAGCUCCAAGCAUCAGAGAUGUCAUAGCCUUCCCAAAAUCCUUCCGGGGACAUGACCUCAUGAGCAGUGCCCCAGAUUCUGUACCUCCUCAGGAACUGAAGCCCUACCAUAUCCAGGUCUCCUGGCCAACAGACUCAGAAGCAGAAGAGAACUCAUUGAAUCAUCCACAUAAUCCAGACAGUUGAGCUUUCGAACAUUGUCCUCUUUGGUUCCCAAGGCUAAAAUCAGAUCCAGAGUUCACAGAUUUGACAAUUGAGUCUUUAGGUUUAAGAAAUUCCUCUAAGCUGGGCUUGGUGGCUCAGCCUGUAAUCCCAGCAAUUUGGGAGGCUGAGGUGAGU